GUUGACCUCCUUGCCAGAGAAGCCCCCAUCCCCAGCUAUUGAUUGGGUUUAUUACAAGACUGCAGUUGCUAAGGCUGGCAUAGUGGAUGAGUUUGAAAGGAAGGCUAAAAUUGCUGCUGAAUAUGCGCAGGCCUCUAAAUCCCGUAUUGUGCAGUCUUUAGAAAGAGAGCUCGAGAAGUUCAUAACCAUGAUUCCAUUUGAUCAAAUGACAUUUGAGGACUUGAAUAAGGUCUUUCCUGAAACGAAACUGGACAAGGAGAAGUAUCCAUAUUGGCCACAUAAACCUAUUGAAGACCUGUAAAUCUGUCUGAAAGCAGUUUCUGGUAACUGUCAAAUUCUCUAGAAUCUUUUAAAUAAAGUAAUUGUACAGGGCU